AUGAUUUGCUUGUGGUUCCUGUCUCUUCUUGCUUAUGGACUUACAAUACUGCAGGGUGUGAAUUGUUGGACAUACCAUUAUUCAGACACAAACAUGACCUACAGGGAAGCAGAGCUGUGGUGCAAAAAGAGGUAUACUAAUAUGGUUGCCAUUCAGAAUAAGGAGGAAAUCAAUUAUCUCAAUAACUUCUUACCCUUCAAUCCGGGUUACUACUGGAUUGGAAUCAGAAAAAUUAAUGACGUAUGGACCUGGAUUGGAACCAACAAAGAACUGACAGAAGAGGCAAAAAACUGGGCUUCAGGUGAGCCAAAUGGCAAAGGAAACAACGAGGACUGCGUUGAAAUCUAUAUCAAAAGAGGGAAGGAUGAUGGCAAAUGGAAUGAUGAGCAGUGUGAGAAAAAGAAGGUCGCCUUGUGCUACACAGCUUCUUGCAACCCAUAUCUCUGCAGUGGCCGUGGAGAAUGCAUGGAGACUAUUAACAAUCACACCUGCCGUUGUAACCCUGGAUUCUAUGGGCCUGAAUGCGAGUUUGUUGAGAGUUGUGAUCCACUGAAGAAACCUGAUCACGGGAGCCUCAAGUGCAACCAUCCAUUGGAGAACUUCAGCUACAACUCGUCCUGCACAGUUCAGUGUGAGGAAGGCUAUGAACUGACUGCAUCGGAAUCUGUAUACUGUACUUCUUCUGGAGUCUGGUCUGCCCCCCUUGCAGCAUGCAAAGCUGUGACCUGUCCUGCCUUAGAAAUGCCUGCUCAUGGUGCUUUGAACUGCUCUCAUCCCUCUGUGGAGCUCACCUGGGGUACCACCUGCGAGCUCACCUGUGAGGAAGGAUUUACCCUGACAGGACCAGCCACGCUGCAGUGUGGGUCUUCUGGGGCCUGGGACAGGCAGCAACCAUCCUGUGCAGCUGUGACCUGUCCUGCCUUAGAAAUGCCUGCUCAUGGUGCUUUGAACUGCUCUCAUCCCUCUGUGGAGCUCACCUGGGGUACCACCUGCGAGCUCACCUGUGAGGAAGGAUUUACCCUGACAGGACCAGCCACGCUGCAGUGUGGGUCUUCUGGGGCCUGGGACAGGCAGCAACCAUCCUGUGCAGCUGUGAGGUGUGAGGCUGUAACCUGGCCAGAAGAAGGCUUUGUGACCUGUGACCAUGCUCCUGCAGAUCUCACCUAUCGCUCGCGUUGUGAUUUCCGCUGCAGCGAGGGCUAUGUUCUGGAUGGCACAUCCAGCAUUGAAUGCAUGGGGCAGGGACAGUGUUGUACAGUGUGA